CGAGAAUAACUACAUAAACUGAAAAUGUUACUUUACUUUCGGAAUAUUCUGUGCCUUUGAUUCAAAAUUUAAGUAGGUAGUAAGUACCUAAUCAUGUCGCUAAACAACGACUCUGUUUGGGCAACAUGUCCAGCAGAUAUUCUGGUACUAGUGUUUAAAAAGUUAGAUAUAGAAUCUGUAAUAAGUUGUAGGGGUGUGAAUACAUUUUGGUGUAAUGUAGCAGAAUAUUGUUUUGAGCACUUUAAGUUAUGGCCAGCAGUGAUCCAGCAUACCAUUGGUGAAGCGGCCUUCACUGAAAAGUCGAUUUUGGGAUGGCGAGACAAAGUUCUGUCUGCCGAGAGAUGGCUGGAUGUUAGUAAAGUCAGUGUGAGCUUCCGCCAUCGUUACAAUUUUGAGACAGUCAUUCAAAAUAUCUGUGUAUAUAGAGAUAACCUCAUAGUCACAACUGACACUGCUGCAACAUAUUUUAAUAUAAACAAUUUUGAAGUUAUUAAAACACUUCAAUUUAAACCCCUGAUACACUAUGUUUUUGAUUUAGAAGUUAAUUGGGACUAUGGGAGAACAAUUGAGAGGAUAAAUUACGGAUUUAUACCAUGUGGCACCGGAAGUUUGCGAGCGCGCCAGGAGUAUAUAAGUCGUCGUAUUCGUCCACAAGAACUUGAAACUGAUACUGUACUCAGGUAUCAAGAAACUUCAUCAUUUAUUGUUGAACUAAAAUUUCCAACAGAAAUAAAGAAUGGAUUAAUUGAACUGUCUCUUACCAAUAAAUUAUAUACAGAUACUUUUGGUUCAGAUUCAGUGCAAAAAGUAUAUAUCAAAUAUCCUUUUAUAUUUAAAGUCAAUUUGAACUCUUGCUAUGUUAUCUAUGGAAAUGUCCUCUGGAAGUAUACAGCUACAGUGAAUCACUGGGAUAAGGAAUUGCUUGCAAAAUAUAAUGAAAAUGAGAAUUUACUACACAGUAUACACAUUUACAGAAAGAAUGUGUAUGUUCUUUUAACAAUCGGCGAUGUUUUACUCCUUGAUUCGUGCUGCAAGAAUUUUCUGAAAAUAUUUCACUUAAGUGCACCACUUUCGAAUACAUUGCCUAAGGAUUCACUACCAUUAAUGUUUCAUACUUACAUCCUUCUUAGAAAUGUACCAAAUGCCAAGCCUUGUGAUGCACUAAGCCCAUACAUAAAAUGCGACUUUUUGAAAAGCAUAUCUCGGGAGGGAGUCACAUGUGUUUUGGAACACGGUCAUGCUACACUAUUUGGAUAUAAAAAUGGAGAAAUAGAAAUAUAUCUUCAUAAAAAUUUAAUAGAUUCAGAAGUUCCCGAGUUAAAGUUCAAUUUGCAAACUUAUAUAGAUGACAUAAGCGACGAGAACCCUAACCUGAAAAUCAGAGCACUCGACAUUUACUACGACAAUACAAGACAUCAUUUGUUUGUGACGACAUGUUAUCAUGUAUAUGAAUUGUUACUAUGUUUUUAAGUUUGUUGUAUUAAAAAUAAUUUUACUCUACUGCAUAUAAUUUAUAAAAAUAUUAUUUUAAUAUGUUAUAAUAUAUCUACUACAUCUAUAAAUUAAAUAAAUUUACAUUUCUCUUAUAUAAUUUAUACAUGUACUUAUUAAUAAAUCUUUUAAUGUUUAUAUCAACCUAACCUUUUUAUAAGUUUAGGUUAGGUUAGUAACUACUAAUUUAAAUAUUAUUGUAUAUAGUUAGUGUAAUUAAUUCCAAUUAUUUGAAAAUUAAAAUUAAAAUUUCUAUCUAUAGAGAAAAAAACUUAACCUAACUAUGUUUAUUUCAAUUUAAUGUAGUGAUAUUAAUAUACUCCUUGAU